AUGCGCGCCGCAACCGUCUUCGCCGCCCUCUUCGCCACCCUGGCCGUCGCCAUCCCCGCCCCGGGCCCCAAGAACGAGCUCUCCGCCGUCGACGAGGCCUCUCUUCUCGUCGCGCGCCAGGGCGCGCCCGCCGGAACCUGCAACAAGCCUGACAAGGAUGGUUCCGCCUGCGCUGCGCUCAAGUGCCAGAGCAACUCCAAGUCUGGCCGCGGUAACAAGGUCUGCUGCUGCAACUAA